CUCUCCCUUGUGGACUUCGACCUAGUUGGAGAGUAGCUGACAGCAGCAGCAUACUGUAGCUCUACAUAAUAGUGGGCAUAUGACUGUCUGCGCAUCGAAGGGAAUACAGAAUAAAACAUAUUCUUGCAAAAUGUCUCGAGCGGCAGACAGACUGAAAGUGGUCGUGAAUCAUCUAGAUCGACCAUCUUCUUUUGUUCAAGCAUCUACCUCUGGCCAAAACGUUACCUACUAUCAACCACAAGCACUGAGGUAUUCCUUUGACAAUGAUCUGCUGAGCACUGAGCAGAGAAUCUCCUAUGAGGAGGAUGGCUUCCUCCUUAUCAAGGGCCUGGUGUCUGGGGAGGACAUUGACAGAUUCAGGGUGGCGUUUGAGCGGAUAUGCCGCCGGGAGGUGCAGGUCCCGGGGCUGGUGGUGAUGAGGGACGUGUCCAUCGCCAAGUCAGAGUUCGUCCCUAACCAGAAGGCCAUCUCCAAGCUGCAGGACUUCCAGGAAGAGCCUGAGUUAUUCCGCUACUGUAACCUGCCUCAGAUCCUGAAUUAUGUGGAGUGUUUCACUGGUCCCAACAUCAUGGCCAUGCACACCAUGCUGAUCAACAAGCCCCCAGACACAGGUAAUAAGACAUCUCGCCACCCCAUGCACCAGGACCUGCAUUAUUUUCCAUUCCGUCCGGCGGACCGUAUUGUCUGUUCCUGGACCGCCAUGGAGAAGAUUCACCGCCAGAACGGCUGUCUGGUGGUCCUUCCUGGUUCUCACCACGGCACCCUCAAAGAACACGACUACCCAGAGUGGGAGGGUGGGGUCAAUAAGAUGUACCACGGUGUCCGUGACCACGACCCCAAUCAUCCCAGGGUGCACCUGGAGAUGGACAAAGGAGACACAGUGUUCUUCCACCCUCUAUUGAUCCAUGGAUCUGGAAUGAACCAGACGCAGGGCUUCCGCAAGGCCAUCUCCUGCCACUAUGCCAGUGCUGACUGCUAUUACAUUGACGUGAGGGGAACCACCCAGGAGAACAUAGGCCAGGAGGUGAAAGAGAUCGCAGCAAGGAAAUACGCUGUUAAUGACGUCACAUUUGAGGAUACCUGGGCUGUAAGGGGCCGUCUGGUGCAAGGGGAUAGGACCAAUCUGUGAGAGAGCCCACCCACCACAGUGUGACGGUCACUCACCACUGACAACCUGCCAAUCAAAGGAGAUUGAAAAAGUUGGCUAAUCCACCAGCCAAUAAGCUGAGACUCAUUGACGGGAGUAAUUUAUUCGUUGGACAAGAGUGAGUGUCCAAGAGUCCAGUCAGGGCUGUUUGCCAGAUGUGUUUAACAUAUUUGAUUUGAUUUUGAUUUGAUUCUAUUUGGAUCUCUUUUAGUCCCCAUUUGGACUAAUCUUCCAAGAGUCCUUAAAUAUUAAAAUACAAUUUAUAAUACAAACACAUUUUCACAUAUAACACACUAUUACAAACAGACAUAAUAUACUAACAUAAUGACCCAAUAAAUACUCAAUCUAAAAAAUAUUGAUUCUUCAUCUACUAUAGUCCCACAUUUCUAUGUAUUAUAUUUAAAUCAUUUUAAAAUAAUGUUUAAAUUUAUAUAUUGAAAGGUUUCUGGUUUGCUCAGUUAAUUUAUUCAAUUUCUUUAUUGCUCUAAAUCAAAAUUAUAUUUUGUGGUUGACAAUCUAUUCCUAGUAUUUACUGAAUGUCUGUCUCUUACCAACUGAAUACCGUUGUGAAUAGAACUUGGCCAUUUUAAAUGAUGUAUAUUAUAAAAUAACAUGCUUAAGCAAUAACAUGCUUAAAAAUAAGCAUAUUUUUUUCAAUUACCUUGUCGAUUGAUGAACAACCAAGAACAUUGCGCAUGACUGCAACAGAAGAACCAUAUCUCCACCUUAAAACAAUUAUUGCUGCUUUGUUCUGUGCAAUCUGCAGCCUCCUAACUUCACUUGAUGAUGCUUUUCCCCAGACCACAGAACAGUAGUUCACCUGACUCUCAGUUAAUGCUUGUGUUUUUUGCUGAAUAAUUUUUCCUGGUAAAUAUUUAGGUAUCCUUCUGAUUAUGCAUGCUGUUUUAAUAUAUUUUUUUACAUAGAUUAGUUAUUUGAGACGACCAUGAUAAGCAGUUGUUUAGCUGCACUCCCAAUAGUUUGGUUUCUGCCACUUCUUCAAUUUGUACUCCUCCCAUACUUAAUUGUACCCCAUGCUGUUUUGGCCUUUUCCUAGUGGAACAGACCAGCAUAACUUUGGUUUUCUUGGUGUUCAAAACAAGUUUUUUUUGGCAAACCUACUCCCUGAUAUUCCCCAAAUCUCCUUGUAAAGCUUGCUGUAUAAAUUGUAGUAUCAUCUGCAAAUAUAGUAGCUUGAGUUUCAGCUAAGGCAUAGGGAAGGUCGUUGGUAUAUAUUAAAUAAAGAAGUGGGCCAAGGCAGCUGCCCUGCGGUAUUCCACAGUUUAACACAUGAGGGGAAGAAAAUGAACCAUUGAUAUAGGUGGACUGUUUCCUGUCAGUUAGAUAUGACUGUAUAUUAUAUCAAUAUAUAUAUUAAAUUAAAGGGAUGUUAAUUGCACAGUUAAGCAUUGAUUGAAGUGAUCAUCUUCUGCCUGACAAUAAAGCACUUAUUGUGUGGUGGACUGGAGUGAGAGGAGCAGAGGUAGAAUGUGUGAGAGAGAGAGAGAGCGUGAUAGACUAGGAGAAAGAGAGUGUGUACGAGAGGUGAGUGGAUGAAGGUGAAUAGGAGGCUAUUUCUGUUAUGAAUAUGAGCAUGUCUUAGUACACUUUGGAAUCCAGGUACUCAGGGUGUCGCUUUGUAGACCAGUCCACCAUGAAAUACCAGUAACCUUGAUGCCUUAAUAGUAACA